UUACAUGAAAGUUCACCCCUCGUAUGGAAACGGCCGCAUUGAAUCCAUGGGCCCGCACGAAUAGACAAAUUCACCGACUUAUUGACAUGCACUGAGGUGGACGUUGCGCUGGCGGAUGCGACCCUGGGCCCAUCAGAACAUCCAAGUACCUCGGUCUGCGUGGAUCCCCACCCUCACAUCAUCGCGACACGAUGGGGGGCUGACGCAAAUGCCGGAACGAAAGGAAUAGUUUAAAUAGUCUCAGGCUUCUUUUAACUUUAUCUCAAUCCUUGUGGUUCAUUUCUACAAUUGACUCAAACUCACAUUGCUUGGCAAGUCCGCGCCGCCGCGCUUCCCAAGCAAGUGACACUGACCGCGAAGCAGUACUUCGUCACACCACACACGAAGCAUGACGGAGAAGCUCGUGCCCAAUGACCCGAGGGUCAAGUACGAGUCUACCUCUAUCCGGGGCUACAAGUACGCCUACAUUCGCGGUGAGCCGACGACAGAUGCUGCUCCCAAGGGAACCAUCGUCCUUGUCCAUGGCUUUCCGGAUUUGUCCUUUGGCUGGCGCCACCAGAUCCCCUUUCUCAUGUCUCGAGGCUAUCGGGUGAUUGUGCCCGACAUGCUUGGCUACGGACGAUCUGAUGCGCCCGCGGAUCUAGAGGAGUACACGUUCAAGAAGCUGUCUGGGGACAUCAACGAGCUGGCACGCAAGUUUGUGGGGCCAGAUGGCCAGAUCAUCCUGGGAGGACACGACUGGGGAGGCGCGGUCGUCUGGAGGGCUGCCAUGUGGUACCCCGAACUCGUCAAGGCUGUGUUCAGCGUGUGCACACCGUACCACCACCCGACGCAGGGCGAGUUCCAUUCCCUCCAGACCAUCAUUGACGCUGGACGGAUGCAAAACUUUGCGUAUCAGCUUCAGUUCAUGGGCACCGAGGUCGAGGAGCGCUGCCAGGGCAGGGAGAAAGUCAAGCAAUUCCUCAACAGCAUGCACGGCGGGUUUGGUCCCCAGCGCGAGGUUGGCUUCCGUACCGAACAAGGUAUCAUCUUUGAGAACAUCUCCAAGCUGAAUAAGAGCGCUCUGCUAUCGGAGGAGGAGCUUGGUCACUACGCAGACCAGUACUGCCUACACCCUGCACCUGAGCUGCAUGGGCCCCUCAACUACUACCGGACACGGAAGCCUAACUACGAUGACGAUCGGGUCUUGGCGGAGAAGGGUGUCAAGAUUGAGAUGCCUGCGCUGUUCAUCACUGCCUUGAGAGAUACCGCGCUACCGCCACGCAUGUCCGAGGGCAUGGAGCAGUACUGCCCGCAGCUCACGAGGGGUGAGGUGGACGCCUCGCACUGGGCGCUCACUCAGACCGGCGACGAUGUGAACAGACAGAUAGGGGACUGGCUCAGUAAGCUAGAGUCGGUCAAGUCUUCUUUGUAGUGAGAAUGCAAAUGAUUGAAGAGGACGUGGAAACAUGAAUGCUUGAAGCAGGGGUCUGCGCUAGUGGCUGGUGCUGUGGCGCAUGGUUUACUUGCGCAUCCGCACAUGCUUGCCCUCAAGUCGAAUACGAGCUUGGUAUUACGAGGGGCCAAGGUGCAUUUGUGGUGAUGAUACGGAUAUACGGACAAUAAUACCUUACGUGACAUAUUCGCAUUAACUUGGAGUAGGUAAUAGCCGGUAGCAGACUGUGCAGUCAGAAACAAGAUCCAACGUGGGUGCUCUGUGCGACUGAAGGCUGCGCUGCAGGUCCCUCCUGUCAAACUUGUGGCUCCAGUCCAGUCCAGUCCAGUCCAGUCCGCCGUGCUGACGACUGACGUUCUGACAGCUACCACCCAGCCCGUCCGUCACCACCUGCAAUAUCUCCCCAUCCAUAC